AUGUUAUAUGUCACACCAGAGGCCGACGCUGAUGGUUUAUAUGUCACGCCUGUCACACCUCUUUUGAUUCCGCUAAGCCGUGAUGCAGUGUGUAAUCACAAACUGGAGUGGAACGAUGCUGCCAUCAUUUGGUUCUGUGUAAAAAUGCAAAGGAGGUAAAAAGAAGGGACUUCGUAGCAGAUCUAUAGCGCAAUCUCUGCGUAAAAAGGGCUAAUGUAAGCUCUGUCAGCACUGUUGCCGUUGUGAACACCGUUUAUGGAGUUUGCACCAUUAGCUGCUGGCUGUGGCCUCAGCCACCUCCAUGUUGAGAGCCGUGUGCAGACAAUCCCGAUCUUCUGACAAAUGAAGCUCAGCGUAAGUUCAAUCAAGAAGACUUUCUUCGUGCUCCCUCCCACUCCCACUGCUCCCUCGAAUCAGCUGACUAUGGGUGUUCACCCUUCUAGUUAUCCAGUCAAUCUUCGCCUUGAUCUCUAUCAGCCAAUCAGGAUGCUACUGCAAAACUUUAAAUCUGUUCUCUGCUCUGCUGCUGUCAGCUGUCAUUUUAGGCAGAAUUGUCACACCCUGCUCCACCCCAUUCACCUCCAGCUAUCGUAUCCACAGUCCAGGACGAGUUCAACAAAGGCUCAUUCCUCUACUCACCCAGAUCAUCAGCACUUAUCCAUCUUCCUCUCAUCUCAUCUUCACCACCUCUACCACCAGCAGCGUCUAGACCUCAGCUUCAAGAAUAACGGUGUGAAACGUCCAGAGACCUUCAUGAUGUGACCUGGCCAAGGUCAGCGGCUACCGCGUGUUUACCCCUCACACCCAGCUAUGUGGCCAGAGGAGUUUGGAGUGGGUGGGCCCUGCGAUGAUGUGCUCACAAAGUCCACACUGUCCAGACAGUCCUGUGCACACCUAGUCCCACCCCUUCCCUCACCCCUCAGCUGCCUACCUCUCCCGCUCCUGUGCUCCCCUGUACUCUUCUCCUGCUCCUCUCCCAAGGUCUGCUACUCGUUUGAAGUUCGAGGAGUUCUGGAGACGCUUUCUCUCGCUCUGUCUGACAUCUCAUCGCUCUCGGCCACCAUGGUUCACAGCAGCAGCUUCUGCAGGUUCCUCCUCCUGAUCUUCCUGGGCCUCUUGGUCGCCUUUGUACACACAGACACAGUCGCAGACUCAACAAUCAGAGACAGCCAGGACACCAUGUCCGGAGAGCCACCCAGUGACGUCACCACCAAAGACCCUUUCCAGGACAUGACGGAGCAAUCCUUCACUUUCGACUACGAGGAGACCACACACUCUCAGGCCCUGGAUGAGGAGGAAGGGGUGCUGGGGCCAGGGGCCAUCACAGCCAUCGUUAUAGCAGUCUUCCUGGGAGCAUCUGUCCUCCUCGCCCUCAUCGUCAUCACACUCAGGAAGUUCACCGCCUCUUAGAGUGAACACAUCUUGUGUGCAUGUGUUUGAGUGUGUGUGUGUGUGUGUGUGUGUGUUUUUAUGUCGAUGUUCCUCUUUCGCCUCUCGUCUUAAUCUUUCAACUCUUUCUUGCAAAGAUGAGUUGUGUCUUUUGCUUCGCUGUAGAUGCUGAAAAUUGUGGCAGGUCCCUUGACUGACUAUUUACAGAUUUACACAGUCUGAUUGUUGCUCAACAUGUCCACGUGUUACUGAAGGUUUAAUGUUAGAAACUGGCUGGCUCUUCCAGUGGAAAUCAUAGCAUGUCAUUCACUUUUUUUUCUUAAUCUUGCAUGCUUUAAGGGAUUUUUUUUUAAGUUUGUGGGCUGUUUAUUUCCUGAUGUGAAGUAUCCUGCAUGUGUUUGCUUUAUUUGUACAUGAGGUGUGUUUGCUUUUGUCAGUCUGUGUCUUUUUCCAUUCUAUAACAAAGAUAUUUCAGAUUUGUGUCUAAACAUGAGUUGUUGUUUUUUUUAUUAGUCUUUCACAAUGAUUUUAAAGUUUGCCAGAUUCAUGUCUAAAAUAUUCCCCUGGUGUCACGGUGCACAAGUUUGUAUUGCACCAUUUACAAACAUUUGUAGAGUCAAAAUAAGGAGAAAACAUUUUAGAAAGGCUUCUUCGAUGAAUGUAAACAGGGAGUUGGGUUGUUUUUACCUGCAGAGCAAAUACAAAGUUAGAGCGUGGAUGAAUUUGUGUUUGCACUCAAGUGAGUGUUUUUUGUCGUUGUUAUAUUUGCAGGGGGGUUGGAAAUUAUUUUAGUAACAUUAUUUUGUCUUUUUCUAUACGCCUCAGAGUCGUCAGCCAUCCAGCUGGAUGUUGCCAUGGUAAUGUCACUGCCAGAUUAUCUUGUGAGAUUUAAGAUGAAUAAAUAAAUACAA